AUGUUGCUGACUCUCAAGUUGGUGGCACUAGUCGCCGCUACCAUCACCUUGACAGUGCUAUCGUCCUGCGUCGCUCAUGAGCUUAUCACGCCCGAUUUGGAAGCUUUCGCGAACUAUGAGGAUAUGUGUCGUUACAUAGCCUCGCGAAAUCAGCGUUCCAUGCGGUUCAUCGAAAAUCCCACACACGACACGUACAUUACAGCUUACAAUGAACACCACGAGGUCACUUCACGUGAACGUCAACGACGCGCGGCAAUUUCUCAGGAAGUGCGCAAAUUGCCAAGUGAGCCGCAAUUAGUCAAAUUUGAAAUCAGCGAUGCUAUUGAGCCCAGUGCCGAAGUUAAAGAAUUUAUAAGACAACAUCGUAGCCGCGAAGAAAGCCUUGCAUAUAUAUCGGGUACGGACAUAACGAAUGACAAAGAAAACACAGCCGCAAAAGCAACUGCCAGCGAUGAGAUUACUGAGGAGACGAAGCCUAGAACGACAACAGUGGCUACUACUCGGUCUACGCGUGGUAGUCGCGCAAAAAUUACACGCAGUAAGCGUCCCAAACGCGCCACUGAGAGUGUAACACCAAAUAGGCAAGCUUUCAAUUUUCAAGUAAAACUGAUUCCAUUCGAUAUCUCCGAAGCACGCGAGCCCGAUGAACAGACGAAAGCGCUGAUACGGCGUAUGCGCAAUCUAGAGUUACAGAGGCUACGUAGUAGUACCGCCACGAGCACAGUAGCCCCCGCAGUCAUACGCGUGUAUCGUAAUGCUCCCGCGGCACUCGCUACUCAACCACUGCCGGCACUCUUGUCGACCUUCAAUCCGGGUAAAUACUACCGACCCAAGACUGGCAAGUUCUUUAUGAAGCGCAAAGGUAAACGCGUGAAGCGCUCAGCCCCACAAAUGGUAAGAUUCGAGCUGGAAGAUGCACGUGAACCAGAUACUGCCACAUUGGAGCAGUUGCAUUUGGCAAGACAAAGCCGCUUGCAUACGAAAAGCCAAAGAUAUACCGGCGAAGAUAAAAAUACAGUUGUUCACAAGCGCGAAGCACGCAUGGACUCUGAAGUAGCUAAUCCGGUUGAGCCGCCUGUCAAAGAGAAGGUCGAUGAGGACGAAACCGAUUUAAGUAGUGGCGAAAGCAAGCGUCAUUUCGUAUACAAAGAAGCACCGGCCCUUAAAGCGAAGAAGUCCAUUGGUGCGCUGCCUGUGGAGGUUCAAAAGAUCAUAACUCACUUGAUGAAGGAUCAUGGCGCUGGUGGUGGUGCUGGAGGUGGCAAAGCAUACGUGAAAUAUAUACCAGCUCAUAUGGUCGACUAUCGACAAUUGAAAUCACUGUACGGCGCAAAGCUCGCUUUGCCGCCAACCUACAGUGUCGGUGGCGCGGGAAAACUCUCACCCGCCUCUUACAUAAAAUAUAUACAGCCAUUCCAGAAGGGUGAACAGCUGCAGGUUCAGAUCCAUCCGGUACCAGUAGUUGAAAAGAUACGCUACAUAUAUACGCCAGUAGCCACAGCAGCCGUUGGGCAUGGUUAUAGGGGUGGCGGCGGACAUGCCGCACUUGCUGCCGAGGAACAUGCUGCAGCACACGCCGCAGCCACACACGCAGUAAAGGCAGCUUAUGCCGGUCACAAUGUACACGCAGUUGCUGAGGCGCAAGCCGCACAAGCUGCACAUGCUGCCAAGGCAGCUCAAGCUCAGCACGCAAUUGAGGUCGCCCACGUCGCUGACGCCUAUGGUGCAAAAGGUGGUGGUGAAGGCGAAGCGGCUGGCCAUGAUGGAGGUGGCAUAGGUCAUGCAAUUGUCGUACAGGAGGCGGGUGGUGCGGCUCAUCAAGCAGCACCGGUAGAGGUACAUCACGCGUACGCUGCCGAUGAAGCGCAAGCGGUGGAAGAGGAAGUCCCCGUAGCAGUCGCCAUCAAAGCGGUACAUUUCCGGCCCUCGAAACCCGAUCCACUGCUUAACGAAAACAAACUCCCAGAGGCUGCCGCGGGUGAAGCGGGUGGCCAAGGAGAGCAGGGUGGUCAUGGAGGUGGUUAUGGAGGUGGUUAUGGAGGUGGUUAUGGAGGUAGAUAUGGAGGUGGUCAUGGCGGUGGUCAGGUAGUGAUUGAGCAGCAUGCAGCAGCUGGCUAUGCUGGUGGAGGACAUGCAAAUGGAGGGCAUGCAAAUGGAGGGUAUGUUGCUAUUGAUCAUGGCGCUGCUGUUCACCAACCGGUCGAACAAUACAAGUACGAAGUGGCGGCCGGCGCGCAGUCGCAAAAGGCAGCAGAAGCACCUCUAAUCAAAAUCGAAUAUCACGGCCCGGUGGAUGCCGCCAAACAAAACUUCAAAGAAUUGCCCGAAUUCAAAGAACUCUCCACGUUGGUUGGCAAAUCGACUGAAGAUCAAAUACAUGGACUCACGUACCUGCUGGCCAAGGAAAUGCAGAAUAAAUUGAAGCUACAACGCAAAAAAGUGUACAUUGGAGAAGAUCAUGGCGCACACACCAACACUGCGCCCAUAGUAUUUCCGCUUGAACAUCAGCAGGUAGCCGAACAAAAGCAACAACUAGUGCAAGCUCAUGGCGGUGCCAUUCAAGGCCGCCUAAUCGGCAUGGCUAAGUCCAAGGAGUAUAUACCCAUUGUGGAGCAAGCUCCCUCAGGUGAACAAAAAGCGGUCAACAACGGUGGUGAUGGUGGUGGGGGCGUCGCCGGCCAUGGCUUGGUGCAACAUCUUGCCAUACCAGCAGCCAAGCAAUAUGUUGCUAUCAAAAUUGAACCGAAAGCGCCAUUACCGAACUCAUAUGUAGAAUAUGGACUGUCGCCCAAUUAUCAUGGCGUUAAAGGUGGCGCAGCUGCCGAAGGUGGUGGAGGUGGCGGUGAGGGUGGCCAGAAGACGAAAUUGUUAGUGGAACAAGUAAUACAUCAUCCGACAAUCAAAUAUCAGGGUGGUGGAGCUGCUGCACAGGUGAAGGCUGUUGUUGCUGAGGCUGAAUUACAUGGGGGCGGAGCAUCUAGUGAGCAAGGCCUGAACUAUGGCGAUGGGCUGCAAUACGCCUCAAAGUAUGCAUUCGGCUAUCGCAUACGUGAUUUUAAUACCGGCAAUGAUUUUGGCCACAAACAGAAUCGUGAUUUGGAUGGUGUGACGCGCGGUCAAUAUCAUAUUUUAUUGCCGGACGGACGUAUACAGAAUGUGAUUUAUCAUGCAGACGAUACGGGCUUUCAUGCGGAUGUCAGCUUCGAAACGGGACACUGA